AUGUCCGUCGACAAGGAGGAACUGGUGCAACGCGCCAAGCUGGCGGAGCAGGCUGAGCGAUACGACGACAUGGCGGCCGCGAUGAAAGAAGUCACUGAGACCGGCGUCGAGCUCAGCAACGAAGAAAGAAACCUCCUCUCCGUCGCCUACAAAAAUGUUGUGGGUGCCCGGCGAUCCUCAUGGCGAGUUAUAUCCUCAAUCGAACAGAAAACCGAAGGUUCCGAAAGAAAACAACAGAUGGCAAAAGAAUAUAGGGUAAAAGUAGAAAAGGAGCUCAGAGAAAUCUGCUAUGAUGUAUUGGGUUUACUUGACAAACACCUUAUUCCUAAAGCUAGUAAUCCAGAAAGUAAAGUAUUUUACCUUAAAAUGAAAGGAGACUACUACAGGUACCUCGCAGAAGUGGCCACAGGAGAAACCAGAAAUUCUGUUGUAGAGGAUUCACAGAAAGCAUACCAGGAUGCUUUCGAAAUCAGCAAGGCCAAAAUGCAACCCACACAUCCAAUCAGGCUGGGUUUGGCGUUAAAUUUCUCAGUUUUCUACUAUGAGAUAUUAAAUUCACCAGACAAAGCGUGUCAUCUCGCCAAACAGGUCAUUAUUUGCGUCACCGUAGUCGAGGACUCGCAGAAGGCCUACCAGGAGGCCUUCGACAUCGCCAAGGCCAAAAUGCAACCGACACACCCCAUCAGGCUCGGUCUCGCCCUCAACUUUUCCGUAUUCUAUUACGAGAUUAUCAACUCCCCAGCGCGGGCGUGCCACUUAGCCAAACAGGCAUUCGACGACGCGAUCGCAGAGCUGGACACGCUUAACGAGGACUCGUACAAGGACUCGACACUGAUCAUGCAAUUGCUGCGAGACAACCUGACGCUGUGGACGUCGGACACGCAGGGCGACGGCGACGAGCCCGCCGAAGGCGGCGACAACUAA